AAAUGGCCGCGGGGUUUUACUUUCCCCAUCGGUAUUAAGUAUAAACCCCAAUCGCCUACUUAGAGACUCUAUUCAUUGAAGCAGAGCAAGAGGGAACACUGAAGAACACCAACAGGCCAAACAAAAAUGGUGGGUUCAAUGAUUUCCACUCCGAUCUCCGUCAAACCCUGGAAUUCGGCUUUAGCAGCUUGUAUCCGACCCGACCCGGGUGUCCCAUUUCGCCGCAGAACCAUCGCCGUCUCCAACUCCUCAUCUCCCUUAUCCACAACAGCAUUCUUCCAUCUGCAGCAUUCCGCGGCUCGCCCGAUCAACAAUCUCAGACUCAGUCCCAGACAUUCCCAUUACCUGAAAGCUUCUUCAUCUGCAGCUGGAACUACAGAAUACUUGGAGGAACCUGCAACCAAUGUGAAAUUCCCGAAGUCCUUGAAAGUGCCAGGUUGUACAUCAAGCUCGCUAUCCUUGCUCGGAACUGGAUACAGAGAGAAGGUUUUUGCCAUCAUUGGGGUCAAAGUCUAUGCUGCGGGACUGUAUGUUGAUCAAUCUAUCUUUACUAUAUUGACUGCUUGGAAAGAUCUGUCAGCUGCUGAGAUCGAAGCGAAUUCAUCAUUGUUCAGCUCCAUUUUCCUUGCUCCCUCGGAGAAAGCACUGAGGAUUGUUCUAGUAAGAGAUGUUGACGGAAAAACAUUCUGGGACGCAUUGGAUGAAGCUAUUUCGCCCAGGAUCAAAGCACCCGCCGAAGCUGAUGAGCCUGCUCUAGCCAAGCUCCGAGCCACGUUUGAGAACCGGCCUCUUAGCAAAGGAACUGUCUUGUUCUUGACAUGGUUGGGUCCCUCUAAAAUGCAUGUUUGCGUGGAUGGCGACACAUCUUCUGGUGCAGAUGCAACGAUAGAAUCGACGAAUGUGGCUGCAGCCCUUUUCGAUGUGUUCUUUGGAGACUCUCCUGUUUCUCCCUCCCUGAAAAUGUCUGUUGCUACCGGGCUGGCAGUGGGUCACAAGUGAACAACACAUCAUGCAACCAUUUUUGGCUAGUUUCCAGUUUAGUGUUACUUGUAGAGCAAGUGAGCAAAAAAUUUAUGUUAUGUAGAAAAAGGAAAGUGGUUUCCAUUCCAGCAGCUGUAAGUGUUGGUAAUUGAAAUUAUUGCCUGUUAACUUUGUGCUGGAAGAUCUAUCAUAACAAAUUUUGACAGAGUUCUCCUCUUUUUCUUCUACUUCAACAGCUGUGCUGCUCAACCGCAUCUUAGUAGCUCUAGCAUCUUAACCACCUCGGCCAUUGUUGGUCUAUUGAAAGGGUCAGGUUCCAGGCAUGCGAAUGCAACUUCGAACAUGCCAUUGAUCUCGUCCAUAUUAUGACAGGAGCUGCACUUCAAGCUGCUGUCAAUUACAUACUCUCCUCUCUUGUCUUCAACUACUCCCUUCACCUGUUUUCAUUCAAACCGAUGAGGGUGAGAAUCUCAAUGCCUACAAACAAUCGAUGUCCGACACAUGCAUCAAUGGAAAUAUGAAUGUUGAAUUACGUACCCAAGUCACUAGCCUGGUGCCUUCCUCAUAGAAGGCUUCAUCCGUUGGCUUCCUUCCAGUUAGAAGUUCAAGCAGAACAACCCCAAAGCUGUAUACAUCCCCCUUCGCAGUUGCCUUGCCUGUGUCGAAGUAUUCUGGAGGCAAGUAGCCAAAAGUUCCAGCAACAAAAGUGGAGACAUGGGUUUUGUCAGGCUCCAUCAAAGUAGCCAACCCGAAAUCCGAGACCCGGGCUUCCAUAUUCUGGUCCAGAAGUAUGUUACUAGACUUGAUGUCCCUGUGAAUUAUGUGAGGGAUGCAAUCAUGGUGAAGAUACGAUAUCCCUCUCGCUGCACCAACUGCAAUCCUGUACCUGGAAUCCCAAUCCAGCACAACCCUCUGCAACUCUUCUUCUUCUCCCCCCUCCUUUGGGUGGUGCAGAAGUCCAUCCAGGCUCCCAUUGGGCAUGAGCUCGUAGAUGAGCAAGUUGUAGUGAGAGGCAGAGUAGUAGCCAUGGAGGGUGACAAUGUUUCUGUGCUUGAUAUCUCCCAUUGCCUCGAGCUCCCUCUCGAAGGUCCGGUCCCUGUCGGGGCUCCCUCUGCUGAGCCGCUUGACCGCGAAGGAAAUGGACUCGGUUAUGGACAGCUUGUAGACGGUUCCAUAGCCACCGGACCCGAUCAUGUCCUUGUUAGUUAACUUCAUGGUUUUUUUCAGGACCACUUGUGGGGUUACCUCUGGGGACUGCAUUGUCCCUGACUUGAACAUUACCACCUUCCCACCUACAAACAUACCCACACAAGAAAAUUGUCUCUCUAAGUACUAAUCCCCAUGACAUAAGAUUUACCUAUAGAGUUGUAGCUAGGCACAAAGAAAGAACCUGCCAAAUGGGGGUCUUGAUGAACAGAGUGGUGCUGCUUGU